CUGCCGCCUGCCCCGCGACGACGCGCACAGUCGCCCACCAGGAAUCGGUCGGUGCCGCGGGUGGGCGAACGCAGCGCCGCUGGCCCGGAGGACGGCGCGGAGGGUGGCGCUGGCUGCGUGAAAGGCGUCUUUGUGCAAGACUGAGUGUGGUGGGGGGAAGGCAAAGAGAGAACUGGGCCGGGAACUGGACGCGGAGGUCUGGGGCGCCCCUACGCCCCCAGCUGUAGGCUGUGCAGGAAGGAGCCGGGUAACGCCGGCAGGGGGCAGUGUGGCGAUAGAGGAGUUGCUCGGGGGUGGGGGUCUCCUUUAGCCUCUAUUUGAGGCUAAAGUAGGGAGAAAGCAGCCUGGAGGAAGCUGGUGGGGAUUGGGCUCCCCGCCCUCUCGCCUAGGUGGCGGAGAAAUCGCGCUAGCUGGAAGGGCGCAGCUCCUCUCCGAGAGCUCAUUCCGGAGUCGGAGAGCUGGGAGUGCGGCCCCCGAGGCGGAGCCUCCCUCCAGCCCCGAGUCCCGCUGCCCCCACCUGGGGGAGAGGGGCGGGCGCCGCGCUGCCUUCCCUCCGCGCCUCGGCCGCGUGGCUUGCGGCUUAUUUUCCCAGCUGGCAAGCGCCGUGCUGCAGACAAGGGAAUGCCUGUGGUCCUGCGUGUUCCGAAGUCCGGGGGCUCCCUGAUCCCUCUCCAGGAGCGGAAGGGUUAAGAAUGAUGAGGAAGAAGAGGAAGCGAGGCGCGCCCCUCGGCCCAUGCAGCAGCCACGGGCCCAGACCCGCCAAGGCGCCCGCGCCGCCGCCCUCGCCGGAGCCCACGAGACCUGCAUGGACGGGCAUGGGCUUGAGAGCAGCACCUUCCUGCGCCGCCGCCGCCGAGGUUGAGCAGCGCCGCCGCCCCGGGCUCUGCCCGCCGCCGCUGGAGCUGCUGUUGCUGCUACUACUCAGCCUCGGGCUGCUCCACGCAGGUGACUGCCAACAGCCAACCCAAUGUCGAAUUCAGAAAUGUACCACAGACUUUGUGUCCCUAACUUCUCACCUGAACUCUGCCAUUGACGGCUUUGACUCUGAGUUUUGCAAGGCCCUGCGUGCCUAUGCUGGCUGCACCCAGCGAACUUCAAAAGCCUGCCGUGGCAACCUGGUAUACCAUUCUGCCGUGUUGGGUAUCAGUGACCUCAUGAGCCAGAGGAAUUGUUCCAAGGAUGGACCCACAUCCUCUACCAACCCCGAAGUGACCCAUGAUCCUUGCAACUAUCAUAGCCAUGCUGGAGUCAGGGAACACAGGAGGGGGGACCAGAACCCUCCCAGUUACCUUUUUUGUGGCUUAUUUGGAGAUCCUCACCUCAGAACUUUCAAGGAUCACUUCCAGACAUGCAAAGUUGAAGGAGCCUGGCCACUCAUAGAUAAUAAUUAUCUUUCAGUUCAAGUGACAAAUGUGCCUGUGGUCCCUGGAUCCAGUGCUACUGCUACAAAUAAGAUCACCAUUAUCUUCAAAGCCCACCAUGAGUGUACAGAUCAGAAAGUCUACCAGGCUGUGACAGAUGACCUGCCAGCCGCCUUUGUGGAUGGCACCACCAGUGGUGGGGACGGCGAUGCCAAGAGCCUGCGGAUCGUGGAGAGGGAGAGUGGUCACUAUGUGGAGAUGCAUGCCCGCUAUAUAGGGACCACAGUGUUUGUGCGGCAGGUGGGUCGCUACCUGACCCUUGCUAUCCGUAUGCCUGAGGACCUGGCCAUGUCCUACGAGGAGAGCCAGGACCUGCAGCUGUGCAUGAACGGCUGCCCCGUGAGUGAACGCAUCGAUGAUGGGCAGGGCCAGGUGUCUGCCAUCCUGGGACAUAGCCUGCCUCGAACCUCCUUGGUGCAGGCCUGGCCUGGCUACACCCUGGAGACUGCCAACACUCAAUGUCAUGAGAAGAUGCCAGUGAAGGACAUCUAUUUCCAGUCCUGUGUCUUCGACCUGCUCACAACUGGUGAUGCCAACUUUACCGCUGCAGCCCACAGUGCCUUGGAGGACGUGGAGGCACUGCACCCAAGGAAGGAACGCUGGCACAUUUUCCCCAGCAGUGGCAAUGGGACUCCUCGUGGAGGCAGCAAUUUGUCUGUCAGUCUAGGACUCACAUGCUUGAUCCUUAUCGUGUUUUUGUAGGGGUUGUCUUUUGUUUUGGUUUUUUAUUUUUUGUCUAUAACAAAAUUUUAAAAUAUAUAUUGUCAUAAUAUAUUGAGUAAAAGAGUAUAUAUGUAUAUACCAUGUAUAUGACAGGACGUUUGUCCUGGGACACCCACCAGAUUGUACAUAAUUGUGUUCGGCUGUUUUCACAUAAUGUUGGAUGUAGUGUUCUUUGAUUGUAUCAAUUUUGUUUUGCAGUUUUGUGAAAUGUUUUAUAAUGUCCCUGCCUAGGGGCCUGUUAGAAAGCACUUUAUUUUUUAUAUAUUAAAUAUUUAUGUGUAUACUUGGUUAAUAUGUAUAGUACAUAUACACAGACACCCAUACGCAGCAUUUCCUUUGACGGUGACUUGUUGUUUGUAUCUAUUCUUGGCUGUACCCUCCUGCCCUUUCCCAUUGCUACUGAUUUGCCACGGUGUGCAGCUUUUACUUGCCACCUUCGGGAGCUGCCUCGUUCCUUUGAACUAUGUUUUUACCUUUCUGCCCUCACUUUGAAAGGAUCAUUAACUCCCCCUUACAGGUGCUCUGACUCUUAAACACUGAUGUGAAGAAGCUCUCUUCCUAACAACUGUUACUUUUUCAGGAGGGGGGUAUUAAUACUAUACUGAUUACUCUCAAUUCUAAUUGUUGUAUAUUUGAGCCCACAUGGUGUAUUAGGUUGAACCAUAACAACUGCUGUACUUGUAGGUAAAAAGGGUCUAGUGAUUGCAGUUUCAUAGACAAGUUCCAGGCAUCUUGCUAGACCUCAGUAACUCCCAGACUUUUUCUCAUCCCAUACACCUCUUCUUUUUUUUUUUUUUUUUUUUUUUUUGAGACAGAGUCUUGCUCUGUCACCAGGCUGGAGUGCAGUGGCACAAUCUCAGCUCACUGCAACCUCUGCCUCCUGGGUUCAAGUGAUUCUUCCACAUCAGCCUCCCAAGUAGCUGGGACCACAGGUGCAUGCCACCACACCUGGCUAAUUUUUUUGUAAUUUUAGUAGAGACGGGGUUUCACCAUUUUGGCCAGGAUGGUCUUGAUCUCUUGACCUUGUGAUCCACCCGCCUCAGCCUCCCAAACUACUGGGAUUACAGGGUGAGCCACUGCGCCUGGCCCCCAGGCCCCUUUUUAAAUUACAGUUUUCCCUAAUUCUUCUGUGUUAAAACAUGAAACUAUAAAUUUAGUCAUCAUUACGCCUUGCUCUUUUUUUAAUCUAUAUGACGAGCAAGCACCUGUUCUUAACGUUUUCUUGGCUGUUGAGCCCAGAAACUCACAGCUCUUUUUCCACUUCCAGGAAGCCCUCCUCAACCUCACCUUAUGAAUCUAAAGUACUGGGGUUUGUUAGGUUCUUUCUCUAAUGUACAGGCCCAGAUUCCAUGACAAAGUUUUCCAUUCUUCCUUGUCGUCCAUACCAUGAUCUUCAUCGCAGUCUUUGAUGUGUCUGCACGCAAAGUGGAACGGAGUGGGGCGGCAAUGACAGAAAAUCUUGCUUGGCCUGACUCAGUGUGCGGCCAGUUCGGUACUGCUUAAUCCAGGUAUUUAUGUUAACCAAGCAUUGUGCUCCCCAGGUGGUCUCUGAAGUCAGGUACUCUCCCUCUUAACACCUAUAGUUGAGUAUGAUUUAGUCAGCUGCUCAUUGUAAUGGAGAAUUCCUAUAAAGUAAGAUCUCUCCUUGCCUCUUCCAUUGUUGGCAUCUCCUUGCAAAAGGAAAAGAACAGCAGAAGGCAGGAGCAGUUAACUGAGAAAGUUAACUCCAGGAUAGGUAGGUUUCUAUUGUUAUAUUUAGAUGUACAUCUUUGGUUCCAAGAAGAAGUGGUGCCGUUUGUACUUUAAUAAUUUAUUGAUAAGUUUACAUAAAUGGAAAUAAAAGAUAUGAACUUUAAAUACCGUAGUAGUUUAGGCCAAGAUUAUGCUUAGUUUUAGUUCUCCAGGUAAUUACUUUUGCCGUGUCCUGUUGAUCAGUGACUGUCAGAGGCCCAGACUGGCAGGAGAAAGAUGUCAUUUUGUAAAGUUUUAGAUGUGCCAUCCAGUAACAGAGUGGAGAUGUGGAUGGUGACAAACCUCUACCUUGCGUUUAUAAGAGAAUAACCUUGGAGAGUCUGGGAAAAUAAGGAAGGCACUCUGCUUCUUACUCAUAGAAAUUCAACUGCAGAGUUGAAACCUAAGCCCACCUUCCUUUUAUAGAAGUUGUAUUACCAUCAGCUCUGAACUGUGGCUUUUUUGUUCACCUAUGGAGCCAUAUACAUAUUCAGAAGCUAUUGUUAAUUAAUAAUGUUUUAUGAUUGAGUAGUACAAGCGAGGAAAAAUACUGAGGAUACUUUAACCACUAUUUUUGUGCAAAUAGUAUGAAAGUGAAGUAAAAGUAAUAGAAGAAAUUUCUAUAGGAUCUGGGUUUAAGAGUGUAAAUGAUUAAUAAAAUAUACCUUUGCUCUUUUCAGGGAAAAUAACCACCCUUACUGAUAGUUGGGAAAAGAAGACUGGGUUAUUUUGCCAUAUCAUUUAGCUGAAAGGGAUGCUUAAAAGCACUCUGCAUCGCUAGUAAUGGUGUAUUUUGCUAUUCUCCCGUUAUAAUUAGUGAUCCUGUAAAACAGUUCCCACAGAUUACUUUCAGAAGUACACGUAUUUCUCUACCAAAGGGCCAGGUUUAUUUUCUCGCUUUCUGAGAUUUCUAGAGAAAAUACUGCUUGCACAUGUUGGUUCUUGAAACCUUAGCUAGAAGAGUUUCAGGUCAUACCAACACGUGGAUAGGCUGAAGCUGUUCAAAGGUCUCCUGAGGGAGCUUAAAAUGGGGGAGAACACUGGCUUUCACAGAUGCUCCACAUGGCUGUCUUUAAAAGACUCGAAACUUUUUUUGUCCUCUUUGUUAUGCUUGGAAACCCCCUCCAUAGUGUGUCGUCUUUGCAAAGAAACCUUUAGAUGUGGUUCAUAGAUAUAUGAAUACGUAUCUGUGUAAACAGUGAGUGUGCAGUGUGUAAAUACUUUAAAUUAUUAUGCUAGAAAAAUAAAGUUACAUACCAUGCUGUGGAA